CGGCGGCGGCGGCGGCGGCGGGAGCCGGGGGUCGCGCGGCUUUGCAGGGCUGAAGGGGCUGGUGGGCCCGCGGACCCGCGGGCUGGGCUCCACGCUCCAUCUUCCGCGGCGCCUCUCCCGCCCGUCCCUGCCCGGGGGCCAGGAGGAGACGUCCCGCGCGCGAGGGCCCGGCGCGAAGAGGGGGCAUGGCCAGCGUACCUCAGCUGUUGGACGACCUGUGCGAGGCCCUCCUGCCGGCUGCGAAGGCUCACUUGGGCCAGCGCCGCGGAAGCAGGAAGAGGGCCAAGCAGAGCCUCAAGAAGGUGGCCUACAAUGCUCUUUUCACAAACCUGUUUCAAGAUGAGGCUCGCAAGCUGCAGCCAGACCUCCCAAGACUCCCGGUGAAAAACAGGAUCCUCAUGCUGUCCUUCGACUUGCGAGUGGGCGGUCUAGGCGCUGAGGCCGACCGCCUGGAGGAGCUGGUGGAGGGGCUGGAGACGGCGCCUCGCGGGCCGCUGGCGGAGCUGGGCUCUGUUCUGGACCUCCUGGUGCAGCUGGCGGGCAGUGGUCCCCCUCGAGUGCUGCAGCGCAGGCGGGAAUACUUCCUCCCCAAAGAGCACGUCGGCAGAAAUGUUCGCUACGGCGGCUACGACUGCUGCCACCUGAGCGGGAUUGAGGCGGACGUGCGCUCUCUCAUCUCCGGAGAGGAGGAGCUGUGUCGGGACCUAAUCCGGAAGACGCUGCAGGUGAUGGAGGCGGCGCCGGGCACCGGCCUGCCCGCCUUUGGGCUGUCCUCGUACGGCGACCCUUACGGGGACAGAUUUGAGAGAGACACCCGAGUUUCGCUUUUCGGAGCCCUCGUGCACAGCCGCACCGCCGACCUGGACGUCCGUCUGGACCUGCCCCCGGUGCCGGACAGCGCAGACCUCUCUGGCUUGGCCAUCAAGGUCCCUCUGAGCGUGGAUCAGUCCGAAGACGAAGGGUUCCAGUCGGCACCCAAUCUGACUCCUGAUUCCCAGUCCGAGCCGGGUGUUACUCCAGACAUCGACCUGUGGGAAGCCGUGCUCACCUAUGAGGCCAGCAGGCGGAGGUGCUGGGAGCAGAUUGGAUGCCCUCCCGGCCACAGAGAGGAGCCCUACCUCACCGAGGCGGGAAGGGACGCCUUCGACAGGUUCUGCAGGCUCCGCCAAGGGGAGCUGCAGGUGCUGGGGGGCGCCCUUCUGCAGGCCCCGCAGCCUGUGCUGGUGAAGGAGAGUGAGCUGGUGAAGGACACGCUGAACGUCCUGCUGGGGGUCGUGUCGGCCACGUUCUCCCUCUGCCAGCCAGCUCAGGCCUUCACAGUGAAGCGGGGCGUCCAUGUGUCAGGGGCGUCCCCCGAGAGCGUCAGCAGCCUCCUCUCAGAGGUGGCCGAGUGUGGGACCCACUACGCGCGCCUGAGCGACUUCUCCCUGCAGCCUGUGCUGGACUCCUCAUGCAGCAAGGGCCUCGUGUUCCAGGCCUUCACCAGCGGCCUGAGAAGGUACCUGCAGUAUUACCGGGCUUGCGUCCUCUCCACGCCGCCCACCCUGAGCCUCCUGACCAUUGGCUUUCUCUUCAAGAAACUGGGCCGGCAGCUGAGGUACCUGGCCGAGCUCUGUGGUGUGGGCACCGCACUCCCGGGCACUGGCGGAGGAGAGCCCAGGGCAGCGUUCCCCACUGGGGUGAGGCUGCUCUCCUACCUCUACCAGGAGGCCCUGGACAACUGCAGCAACGAGCACUACCCGGUGUUGCUGUCUCUCCUGAAGACCAGCUGCGAGCCCUACACGCGGUUCAUCCACGACUGGGUUUACAGCGGGGUUUUCAGAGAUGUUUAUGGCGAGUUCAUGAUCCAGGUGAACCACGAGUACCUGGGCUGCAGAGACAAGUCUUACUGGACCCACGGCUACGUGCUCGUUUCCAAAGAGGUGGAGGCCUGCGUCCCCGUGUUCCUGAAGCACGUUGCCCACGAUGUGUACGUGUGCGGGAAGACCAUCAACCUGCUGAAGCUCUGCUGCCCCCGGCAUUACCUCUGCUGCUCUGACGUCCCUGUCCCUCGCAUCUCGGUGAUUUUUUCCCUCGAGGAGUUGAAGGAUAUCGAGAAGGACUGCGCCAUCUACGUGGGACGGAUGGAGAGGGUGGCACGCCACAGCUCCCUCAGCAAGGAGGAGAAGGAAUUACGAAUGGAAAUCGCAAAGCAAGAGCUGAUUGUCCACGCCCGGGAAGCAGCAUCCAGGGUCCUGAGCGCGCUCAGUGAUCGGCAGAUGUCUGAGCGGAUGGCCUUGGAUGCCCGGAAGCGAGAGCAGUUUCAGAGGCUGAAGGAGCAGUUUAUGAGAGACCAGGAGCGUCGCCGGGCAGCCAGGCAGGAGGAGCUGGAUGACGACUUCAGCUAUGCCCGCGAGCUCCGAGACCGGGAGAGGAGGUUGAAGGCCCUGGAGGAGCAGCUGGAGAGGAAGGCGAGUCCUGUGUGUGGUUGCAGGCAGGCGCUGGUGGAUCAUUAUAGCAAGUUGUCUGCAGAGGCUGCUCGUCGGGAGCGGAAGGCGCUGUGGAGGGUCCAGAGGCACAGGCUGGCGGACGCUCGGCUUCGCUUUCUCUUAGAGGAUGAGAAGCGUGUUCAGGGGAUGCUGGGAGCUGUGUGUGAGGGGAAGCCCCUGGAGCCGUUGGCCAUCCUCCCAGGUGCCUGCACCCAGGCCUCCCUUCCGUGCCCCGAGCACCCAGACGGAGGUGGCGGCUGUGGUUCUGGGCCUGCAGAGCAGCCCAAGGCUGCCCGGGAUGGUCCCCAUGGGCCGAGCAGGCUGAUGCCACAGCUCCCCGAGUCUCCAGGAGAGGGGGCCUGUGGCUCUGGGCCAGCAGCAGGCCUGCUGUUGGAUCCGGUGGAGGAUCCAGGGCUGUUGUCUGUGGGCCUCAGCAUCCGAGACUUCCUGCCCACAGCCCAGGGGGCUGAGCAGCCUCUGCACACCGGCUCAGCUCUUGUCCUGGAGGAGGCGCUGCAGACCAUUGGCUCCGACCUGCCUCCCCCGGCUCCAUCUGCAGCAGUGGGCACAGGGCCCUCUGGGCCACAGGAGUACGAUUUCAGAACCAUCCUGAGGCCAGCUGUGGCCACCUCAGCUUUCCCAGGGCCCUUUCAGUCCACGGGAGGUGGCUUGGGCAGUGAGGGGCAGCCCCAGUGGGAGGACACUCAUGUGCAGCUAGACAUGUGUGUCCUAGAUGGGCAGGUGGCACUGCCCCAUGCAUGUUCUCCCCAGAAGACCUCCCCGCAAGAGGGCAGCCAGGCCAUGGGGCAGCUCCCCAGACAAAUGUCAGAGGGCGACGUUCCCACAGGGGGUUAUGCUUCGGGAACGGCCCCCUCCCGGCCACGGUGGAACGUCCACGGACACGUGUCAGAUGCCAGCAUCAAGGUGGGGGAGAACGUGUGUGACGUGGUCCCCUCCCGGCCACGGUGGAACGUCCACGGACACGUGUCAGAUGCCAGCAUCAAGGUGGGGGAGAACGUGUGUGACGCGGUCCCCUCCCGGCCACGGUGGAACGUCCACGGACACGUGUCAGAUGCCAGCAUCAAGGUGGGGGAGAACGUGUGUGACGCGGUCCCCUCCCGGCCACGGUGGAACGUCCACGGACACGUGUCAGAUGCCAGCAUCAAGGUGGGGGAGAACGUGUGUGACAUGGUCCCCUCCCGGCCACGGUGGAACGUCCACGGACACGUAUCUCAGUCCCAGGUGACUCUGGGGGUGCUCUCAGGGGAAGCCGAGCCCAUUAUGCCCAGGCCCCACCAGACCCCCCCUGACCACGGGUCCCAGUCAGGCCUCAGCCUAGGAGCCCAGAGCCCUGCCCAGGAGGGGGAGCCGCAGCCACCUGCAGAGACGGCCUUGGAAGGGGCAGAGAGGGGCCCCCAGGCCUCGCCCACUGCUGGAGCUGCGCCCGGUGUCCUGGGAGGCGGCAGCCCUGAGGAGCCAGGGAGGAGUGAGGACACCGUGGACCUCCCUGCGAGUUGCCGUCCAAGCUCACAGGAAGGCGUGGACACCCAGAGCAGCCCAGGCCUCGGCGAGGAGGCGGCGCAGCGCUGGGGCAUGGAGCAGGCCUACCUGGCAGGCCUAGCGGGGCAGUACCGCCUGGAGCAGUACCCGGACAGCUACGAGGCCAUGUCAGAACCUCCUGUCGCCCGCCUCCUGCACCACGGGCUUCCUCGAGCCUUUGCCCUCCCCGAGGACUCCUGGGUCCAGCCGGACGCAGACGAGACGGCAGUGCAGCUGAGCGAGCUGCUGCCCCUGCCGGUGCUCAUGAAGCACUCGGUCACCGCCCCGCUGGCUGCGCACGUCUCGUUGGUGAACAAGGCCGCCGUGGACUACUUUUUCGUGGAACUCCACCUCGGGGCGCACUUCGAGGCGCUGCGGCACUUUCUGCUGAUGGAAGACGGGGAGUUCGCCCAGUCGCUCAGCGACCUCCUCUUUGAGAAGCUCGGGGCAGGGCAGACGCCCGGGGAGCUGCUCAGCCCGCUGGUGCUCAACUCCGUGCUGAGCAAGGCCCUGCAGUACAGCCUGCACGGCGACACCCCGCACGCGGCCAACCUCUCCUUCGCCCUCAAGUUCCUGCCCGAGGCGUUUGCCCCCAACGCCCCGGACGUGCUCAGUUGCCUGGAGCUCAGGUACAAGGUUGACUGGCCCCUCAACAUCGUGGUCACCGAGGGCUGCCUGAGCAGGUACAGCGGCAUCUUCUCCUUCCUGCUGCAGCUGAAGCUCAUGAUGUGGACGCUCAAGGAUGUUUGCUUCCACCUCAAGCGCACGGCGCGGAUGAGCCACGUGGCCAGCUCCGUGCAGUUCCGCCAGCUGCAGCUGUUCAAGCACGAGAUGCAGCACUUCGUGAAGGUCAUCCAGGGGUACAUCGCCAACCAGAUCCUGCACGUCACCUGGUGCGAGUUCCGCACCCGGCUGGCCUCCGUGGGCGACCUGGAGGAGAUCCAGCGUGCCCACGCUGAGUACCUGCACAAGGCUGUCUUCAGGGGCCUGCUGACCGAGAAGGCGGCGCCGGUGAUGAACAUCAUCCACAGCCUCUUCAGCCUGGUCCUCAAGUUCCGCAGCCAGCUCAUCUCCCAGCCCUGGGGCCUGGCCGGCGGCCCCCACGGCGCCGAGCACCCCAACUUCGCCCUCAUGCAGCAGUCCUACAGCACCUUCAAGUACUACUCGCACUUCCUCUUCAAAGUGGUGAGCAAGCUGGUGAAUCGAGGCUACCAGCCCCACCUGGAGGACUUCCUGCUGCGCAUCAACUUCAACAACUACUACCAGGACGCCUGAGGGCCGGCCCGCCCCCGCCAGGGGCCUGCGUGGGGAAUAAAGGUGCUGCCGCCCCCUG